UGUAUAGUCAAAAGACUAUAGCUUGUCCAUAACAAGCCCAUAAUGAGCGAAUAAAAAAAAAUCAGCCUUUCGCCAUUUUGUCUCUAAAGCGUCGUUCGUAGUAUUUUAGUUAGUUAAAUUUAUCACCAAAGACACUCAUUUCAUUAUGGGGGAAGAUAAAGAUCGUCGACGAAGAUCCCGUUCAAGAGAAAGACGUCGAUCUCGUUCGCGGUCAAGAGAACGACGUGAGAAAAGAAGAAGUAAAUCAAGGUCUCCGUCUAAGAGAUCACGAAGACGUAAGCCUUCCUUGUACUGGGAUGUUCCGCCACCUGGAUUUGAGCAUAUCACGCCAUUGCAGUACAAGGCCAUGCAAGCUGCGGGUCAGAUACCGGCAAAUAUAGUUGCUGACACACCGCAAGCUGCAGUUCCAGUAGUCGGUUCAACUAUUACUAGACAGGCCCGCCGGUUAUACGUUGGAAAUAUUCCAUUUGGUGUAACCGAGGAAGAAACUAUGGAGUUCUUCAAUCAGCAAAUGCAUCUAUCCGGACUCGCCCAAGCUGCAGGAAAUCCGGUUCUUGCGUGUCAAAUUAACUUGGACAAAAACUUUGCAUUCCUUGAAUUUAGGUCAAUAGAUGAAACAACCCAAGCUAUGGCAUUUGAUGGGAUUAAUUUUAAGGGUCAGAGUUUAAAAAUACGUCGACCUCAUGACUAUCAACCAAUGCCAGGCACAGAAAAUCCAUCUAUCAAUGUUCCUGCUGGGGUUAUAAGUACAGUUGUUCCGGAUUCACCUCAUAAAAUCUUUAUUGGUGGUCUUCCUAAUUAUCUUAAUGAGGAUCAGGUAAAAGAACUUCUGAUGUCAUUUGGACAGUUAAGAGCUUUCAACCUCGUAAAGGACUCCUCAACCGGUCUCAGCAAAGGCUAUGCUUUCGCUGAAUAUGUUGAUAUAACAAUGACUGACCAGGCUAUUGCUGGUCUGAAUGGCAUGCAACUGGGAGACAAAAAACUGAUUGUACAGAGAGCUAGUAUUGGCGCAAAGAAUACAACAUUAGAAUACUUUUUAGCAAUGACUGGAGCAACACCAGUUACUUUGCAAGUCGCUGGUUUAACAUUAGCUGGUGCGGGUCCACCGACAGAAGUUUUAUGUUUACUCAAUAUGGUGACCCCAGAUGAACUACGUGAUGAAGAAGAGUAUGAAGAUAUUCUUGAGGAUAUAAAGGAGGAGUGUAACAAGUAUGGUUGUGUGCGCAGUAUAGAAAUACCUAGACCUAUAGAAGGUGUUGAGGUUCCCGGAUGUGGAAAGGUAUUUGUGGAGUUUAACAGUAUCGCUGACUGUCAAAAAGCACAACAGACACUCACGGGAAGGAAAUUCAGUAAUAGAGUGGUUGUUACUUCAUAUUUCGAUCCAGAUAAAUAUCAUCGUAGGGAAUUUUAAAAAACCCAUUUUUUUUUUUCAAAUUAUUAACCUUAGACGAUUGCACUCAGUCUGUGUGGAUAGUCUAGUAAAAUGUUUAAAAAAAUUAAAUAAAAUUCACAGUUUAAAAUUUAUUUAUUAAGUUUAGAUUGAUGAGUUGACGUUAGCUAUUAGAUUAACUAUUUGCUACACUUUUGACUGUGUAACCGUUUUAAGGUUAAUAUACUUAUACUAAUUUAAAUACAAUUUACAGUCACAAUAAUGACUAUUGACAUGAUUGAUUUACGCGAAAGUACAUGUACCUUCUAAAUAUUUGUAAUGGAGGAAUAAACAACAGAUUUAUCUUUU